CAUUUGUGCAACAUAUCUUCUUUCAUAAAAAAAAGCUCAUACCUAUAAUGGAGGUUUCUAUGGAGGUAGAGGUCGCUUCUUCACUCUCUUCCGAAAAACUUUUCAAGCUCUAUAAUAACUACCACACCAUCGCACCCAAGGUCGAUCCUCAAUCUUUCAAAUCCAUUACUGUUAUACAAGGUGAUGGUGGUGUUGGAAGUAUCAUCAGCACUGUGUAUGGUGACGGCUCAACUUCAAAACACACGGUGGAUGCCAUUGAUACAAGCAACCAUCUUAUCAGCUACACAUACUUUGAAGCGGAUGUCUUUAAGGGUAUUAUAGAGAAAACCACUCAUCAUAUUAAGUUCUCCCCUUCUCCUAAUGGAGGAGCUAUAUACAAACGUACAAUCAUAUUUAAGUGCAUCGGUGAUGCUAAGCUAAGCGAUGAGGCUAUGAACAUUUCCAAAGAAACAAUAAAGAGUAUUUUCAAGAGGAUGGAGUCUUAUGCUAUUGCUCAUCCUGAAGAUUUCUAAUUCAUUCACCUAAAUGACGGAGUGUAUCUGACCAUGUUAUUAUUGUAUCUUUUCAUUUGCUGAAAUAAUGUUAUAUGUAUGCUUAAUAUAUGUUAACAACAACACAUUAAUGUAUGUCGGUUUGCUUUUGAA